GCUCGCAGGGACCGGCUCCGCCUCGGCUGAGCCUCCCCGGUUCUCUCUGGGACUCGCUCCGGCUUCGCUAAUUCCUUGGUGCGUGCGGGGACCGACCGAUCUCUGAGCUCCCGGCUGCCCUCAAGGACCGGACCGGACCGGCCCGGCCCGGCUCGCUGCGACCCCGGUGCCUGCAGGGCCCGGCUCUCGGUGCCCGACAUGGGGCUGCUGACCCAGCUAGUCCGCGGGCUGGUGCGCGGCGCCGACCGCAUGUCGCCGUUCACCAGCAAGCGCGGCCCCCGGAGCUACAACAAGGGCCGCGGGGCCAAGAAGCUGGGCGUGCUCACUCGCAACAAGAAGUUCCUCCUCGUCAAGGAGAUGGUGCCCGAGUUCGUCGUGCCCGACCUGACGGGUUUCAAGCUGCGGCCCUACGUGUCGUACCGCGCCCCCGAGGGCAGCGAGCCGCCCAUGACGGCCAAGCAGCUCUUCGAUGAGCUGGUGGCUCCGCGAAUCGAGAAGGACGUGAAGGACGGCAAAUUCGACCCCAACAACCUGGAGAAGUACGGCUUCGAGCCCACACAGGACGGGAAGCUCUUCCAGCUCUUCCCCAAGAACUACGUGCGGUAGGGAGCGGGCAGUGGUACCGCCGGCCAACACUGGACAGGCUCUGCCACUGAACAUUAAAGUAAAUCCUUCUACCUUGUUCCUCUGUAA